GAAAGGUUGUGCAGGUAAACGAUAAUUUGGGGACAGUCCCACGGUGGGUUGACCACACGGCAACGAUGUAACCUGAGGGGGGAAAAUAAACUAUUGAAAAGGCACGAUUGCUGCAUGGAUGGUUUCAGUCCGCUGCAUCAGGAUAUAGAUCCUACGUUGAACGCUACUUUGAAGGCGGCUCACUUGCAAGGAAGCCUAUAGGAGCUGAGACUAAGUGGUCUGCGCCAGGAUAAUUUGAAAAGAUGGCGACUCACGAAGAUAAACCUACCUGGCAGGAAAUUUCCCAGCAGGUGCAAGCCGACCGAGAUAAUUCCAUUGCUCGGGUCGAGCCCCCUGUUCCUGCACUGCCUGAAACGCUUCCCAGCCGGGUCCUCGAUGUCCCCAGGGAUCUCCUUUCUUCAUCGGAGGUUUCCAUCACAGAGACUUCUGCUGAGGAACUUGUAGGUUCUCUAGCUGCAGGGAAGCUUACUGCAACGGUAGUCACAACAGCCUUUCUGCGACGUGCGGCGAUUGCCCAAAAAUUGACAAAUUGCAUCUAUGAGCUCCUCCCUAAGCGUGCCCUUGCUCGUGCGAAAGAGUUGGACGAUUACUUAGCCGAACAUGGAAAGACCUCGGGACCGCUGCACGGCCUACCGAUCAGUAUCAAAGCGCAUGUAGGAAUUGCCGGACGAGACAACACAGCGGGUUUCGUUGGCUGGGUGGGUCGAAAGAAUGAGGAAGACGCGAAUGUUGUCAAGAUUCUGGUUCAAGCAGGUGCCGUUCUAUACGCCAGGACGACUGAGCCACAAGGCUUGAUGGCGCUCGAAACCUGCAGCAACAUCACAGGGAACACUGUCAACCCGCACAAUACGGCUCUCUCCCCCGGCGGCUCCUCAGGAGGAGAAUCUGCCUUGCAAGCGCUUUACGGUAGCCCCUUAGGAAUCGGUUCAGAUAUCGGGGGCAGUAUCAGGUCUCCCGCCUCCAAUUGUGGGCUUUAUGGCCUCAAGCCCACAUGUAGUCGAAUUCCCAUAAUUGGAUGUGCCGCUUAUGUUAUCGGCUGCGAGACAAUCCUAGGCACGCUGGGCCCUCUCUCACCCACUCUCGGAGGAAUCAAUCUCUUCAUGAAGACUGUACUAGCUGCCAAGCCAUGGACCAGCGACCUAACACUGCACCAGAUCCCAUGGCGGGAUACCCAGUCUCACAUCUACCAAGAUGGGAAGAAAAAGCUCACUAUAGGAGUGAUGUGGGACGAUGGCAUUGUAAAACCGGCACCACCAAUCACAAGAGCUUUGCAAGAGACAGUUGAGCGUUUGAAGAUACUGCCUGAUGUCGAAGUCAUCGAGUGGAAGCCAUACCAACAGAAGGAAGCGCUGGAGAUCCUGACGAGACUUUACGCUCCAGACGGCGGCAAGGCUUUCGCCAAGAAUCUCGCCCUGUCGGGAGAGCCCUACGUCCCGCUCACAGCCUGGACUCUUCGUGAUACUCCCGGCAUCGAAGAGCUCGACCUACAAGGAGUCUGGGGCUGGACUCUGAAGCGCGAAAUGUUCCGCUACUCCUAUUUGCAAGAAUGGAACUCGGUUGCUCCAGAAAUGGAUGUGAUCCUGUGCCCAGCAUACCCAACACCUGCUCCACUGCUUGACACCUCUCGUUAUUGGGGAUACACUUCUAUCUGGAACCUGUUAGACUACCCAGCGAUUGUCUUCCCCGUCACCAAGGUGGAUCCCCGGCGCGAUGCGAAGGACAAUACAUACACUCCUCGUAAUGAGUUUGAUAGCUGGGCCCAUGAACAUUACGAUGUGCAGAAGCAACAAGAUGCGCCGGUCUGCCUACAACUUGUUGCCAAGAAAUUGGAGGAUGAGAAGGUCGUCCAGGCCUUGGAGGCUAUCAAGGAGAGGAUCGGCUUGCCCUUUGUGGACUGCUUGGCAUAA